AUGAACGAUUACGGAAGACGUAUUAAUAGUAUUAUUAUAAAAAAUUUACCAACAAAUUAUACUGAAAGUCAACUUGAAGAAUUAUUUUCUAAAUUUGGUCGUAUUAUAUCAAGUAAAAUUUUACCAAAUAAUCCAAAUUUUGAUGGUAGUUGUGGUUUUGUUAAUUAUGCUGAAUCAGAUAGUUGUAUUAAAGCUGUUGAAACUAUGAAUAAUUUUAUUAUUGAUCGAUUUACUCUACGUGUUAAUCAUUCAACAACACGUUUGGGUAAUAAUAAUAUUGAUCGAUCACAAAAUGGAUUUCGUACUAAUGGUGAAUUACAUGAAGAUAAUAAUAUAUCAUCAUCGAAUAUUCAAAAUCGAUUUAAUGGUUUUCGAUCAACUAAUGAACAUUCACCAAUAAAUACAAUACGAUUAAAAACAAAUAAUACACCUUUAAAUAUAAAUGAAUCAGAUACAUUAGUUAAUAAUAAAACAUUAUGGAAUAAUACAAAUAUUGAACAACAAAAUGAUAAAAAUUCAUUACGUAAUGAAUUAAUAAUGAAUAUUCGUGAACAUGAUUUAUUUAUAAUAAAUAAAAAUUAUUGUGUUUAUUUAUCAAAUCUUGAAGUACCUAAUAUAAUAUAUGUAGCUACAUUAGAUGAUUAUGUUAAUGCAACAUUACUUAUAACACAAAUGAAUAAACAUGAACAAUUAACAAAAAUUCAAGCAAAUUCUUAUAAAUCAAAAUUAGUUGUUGGACAAUUUUGUGCUGCACUUUUUAAUGGUGAUUGGUAUCGAGCUCGUAUAUUAGAAAUUGAUGAAAAUCGUGUUCAUGUUCAAUAUAUUGAUUGGGGUAAUACGGGUUGGUGUGAUUCAAUUCUUGAAAUUCGUCCAUUACCAAAUGAAUAUUAUAAAGAUCCUAUUUUAUGUGUUAAAUGUAUUUUGGAUGGAAUAUCAAUUGAAAAUAAACUAUCUGAUGAACAAACAAAUGCUAUACUUGAAAUAUUAGUUCUUGAUGUUAAACUUGAAAUGAUUGUAUUACGUAUUGAAAAUGAUAUUCCAUAUGUACAACUUAAUUUAGAUAAACGAGAUUUAAAUGCUGAAAUACGUGCAAUAUUACCACAAUCAUUAUCCUCAACAACAAUAAUUUCAAAAUCUUUCGAUAAUGAAAUAAAUAAACCUGAAAUAAAUCUAUCAGAAAUUUAUUCUGUACAAUUAACAACUGUUGAUUUAGAAUCUGAAUGUUUUCAUGUAUUAUUAAUAUCUGAUUGUCUUUCAAUAAUUAUGAAUAUACUUAAAGAUUGGAAUAUAAAUAAACAACCAUUAAUUAAACAACCAAUAUCAAAUAUGCUUGUUUGUGCACAAUAUGAAGGUGAUAAUCUUUGGUAUCGAGCAUGGAUUAAAAAUGUUUCUGAAACUGGUUUUCAUGUAUAUUUUGUUGAUUUUGGUAAUGAAGAAAUUGUUUCAAUAGAUCGUCUUAGUCAAUGUCCAGAUAUUUUACGAAAUAUUCCAUGGCAAAGUGUACAAAUAAAAUUAGUUAAUAUUAAAUUAACUGAUGAAGAACGUUAUAUACUUUUAAGAGAUUUUGAAACAGAACGACUUAAUAUGAAAAUUUUUUCAAAAGAUCAAGAUAUUUAUUUUGUUGAAUUAAUUCAUAAUGAAAAAUUUCUUAGUACAUAUAUAUUUGAAUUACGUCAGAAAAAAGAACAACAAAUACAAAUUACAUCAAUAAUUAAUGAAAUACCAAAAGAACCAAUUGAAUCAAUUCAAGAACAUAUUUCUAAAAUGGUAACACCACCACCACCACCAAUGACUGAUGAAAAUACCUCACAAACAUUUAAUGAAAAUGUUCAUUCAGUAUCAUUACCCGUACAAUCAACGGUCAAUGAAUCUCAACAAUUUGUUGAAACAACUCGUAAUAAUAUUGUAUCAUCACCAUCAGUUAUUACAAGUACGAAUUUGUCAAGUGUAUUGAAUAUAGAAACUAAAUCAUUCUCUACUAAUGAACAAAAUAAUAAUAGUAAUUUUAAUGAUAAUUUAACAACUAUGAUUAUUGAACAACGUCGACAAAAUCAAUUACUUGAACAAGUUAUUGCAGCAGUUAAUACAACAAAUGCACUUCUUACACAACUUGUUCAACGUUAA